GCACACAGGAAGCAGAGUGCAGAGGCAGAGGGAGUCCGCCCCUUCUCCGGCCUUCCCGCACACCGCGUUUCCGCUGCUCCCAUCACAGCUCGUCACUGUCCUCCUCUCCUCCUGCCGUCCCGCAGCUCCUCCGAGCCCGUGUGUGUCUGUGUGCCUGCGUGUGUCUGUGUGCGCUAUCACCAGCAUGUGUUGCACACACAUCCCGUCCAGGAAGGGCUGAAAGUUUGCCUUGCUGUGCGUCACGCUGCGGGUGCACGGAGGACCCCUGCAUCGGGACCCCUGCGUGAACUUGCACCACCAUGCUGAACCUCCAGGACUCUGUCUUCUUUGAGAUCAGCAUCAAAUCACUGUUGAAGUCCUGGAGCAGCAGCUCCUCAGCCCCGGUCAGCACCGUGAGUAGACGACGUCUCCCUGCCGGCCACCCCUCACCCUGGGGAAAGCCCAGCGUGGCCAUGUCGAGUAUCACGAUCGACCCCGAGCUCAAGCCUGGCGAGUAUGUCAUCAAGAGCCUAUUUGCCGAGUUUGCUGUACAAGCCGAAAAGAAGAUCGAGGUGGUGAUGGCUGAGCCUCUGGAGAAGCCACUGUCCCGCUCUCUCCAGAGGGGAGAAGAUCCACAGUUUGAUCAGCUGAUAAGCUCUAUGAGCUCCAUAGCAGAACACUGUUUGCCGUCGCUGCUGCGCACGCUCUUCGACUGGUAUCGGCGCCAGAGCGGCACCGAGGAUGAGUCCUAUGAGUACAGGCCCCGCUCCAGCACCAAGUCCAAAGGUGAUGAGCAGCAUCGGGACAAAGACUACCUACUGGAACGAAGGGACUUGGCCAUAGAUUUCAUUUUUUGUUUAGUUUCUGUGGAGGUUUUGAAACAGAUUCCUCUCCAUCCAGUGCCAGACACUUUAAUACAUGAAGUACUCAACCUGGCUUUCAAGCACUUUAAACACAAGGAAGGGUACUCUGGGCCAAACACGGGCAAUGUCCAUAUCAUCGCUGACCUCUACGCAGAGGUCAUAGGAGUUCUCACACAAUCAAAGUUCCAAGCAGUGAGGAAAAAGUUCAUGACAGAGUUGAAGGAGCUGCGACAGAAGGAGCAGAGUCCACACGUGAUCCAGAGCAUUAUCAGCCUCAUCAUGGGCAUGAAGUUCUUCCGAGUGAAGAUGUAUCCCGUGGAGGACUUUGAGGCCUCCUUCCAGUUCAUGCAGGAAUGUGCGCAGUACUUCCUCGAGGUCAAAGACAAGGACAUCAAACACGCACUGGCUGGUCUCUUUGUGGAGAUUCUCAUUCCUGUGGCUGCUGCGGUGAAGAAUGAGGUCAACGUGCCAUGUCUGAAGAGCUUUGUGGAGAUGCUCUACCAGACAACUUUUGACCUGAGUUCUAGAAAGAAACAUUCUCUGGCCUUGUACCCGCUGGUCACCUGCUUGCUGUGCGUCAGCCAGAAGCAGUUCUUCAUCAACAACUGGCACAUCUUCCUGCAGAACUGCCUCUCCCACCUGAAGAUGCCAUCUAACAACAGUAUCAGAAAGCAGAUAGAGACGCUGCAGAACAAGGACCCCAAAAUGUCACGUGUGGCUCUGGAGUCGCUUUACCGCCUGCUGUGGGUCUACAUCAUCCGCAUCAAGUGCGAGAGCAACACGGUCACUCAGAGCCGCCUCCUCAGCAUUGUCUCAGCACUCUUCCCAAAAGGCUCCCGGAGCGUCGUUCCCCGAGACACACCUCUCAAUAUCUUCGUCAAGAUUAUCCAGUUUAUUGCUCAGGAGCGGCUCGACUUUGCCAUGAAGGAAAUAAUUUAUGACCUGCUGUGUGUUGGGAAGUCCCCCAAGACAUUUACGAUCAACCCAGAGAGGAUGAACAUUGGUCUGAGGGCCUUCCUGGUCAUCGCUGAUAGCCUGCAGCAGAAGGACGGCGAGCCGCCCAUGCCCACCACAGGUGUCAUCUUGCCCUCAGGGAACACUCUGCGUGUCAAGAAGAUCUUCUUGAACACAACACUCACGGACGAGGAGGCCAAGGUCAUAGGCAUGUCCCUGUACUACCCACAAGUUCGCAAGGCCCUGGACAACAUCCUGCGGCACCUGGACAAAGAGGUGGGCCGCUCCAUGAGCAUGACGAACGUGCAGAUGUCCAACAAGGAGCCCGAGGACAUGAUCACGGGAGAGAGGAAGCCCAAGAUCGACCUAUUCCGUACCUGUGUGGCAGCCAUUCCCAGACUAAUUCCUGAUGGCAUGAGCAGACAGGACCUCAUUGACCUUCUGGCCAAACUCACCAUCCACAUGGACGAGGAGCUGCGAGGCCUGGCCUUCACCACCCUGCAGGCCCUCAUGGUGGACUUCCCUGAGUGGCGCGAAGAUGUGCUCUCGGGCUUCGUCUACUUCAUAGUGCGGGACGUGACUGACGUGCACCCGACGCUGCUCGACAACGCCGUCAAAAUGCUCGUGCAGCUGCUCAGCCAGUGGAGGCAGGCAGUGCAGUCGAGCAACAAGGGUGGGGAGGCAGCGCAGGGCGGGGCCAGCGGGAGCUCCCACUCGCUGCCCCUAGAUCGCUGCCAGAUGCCCGGUGUGCUGCAUGUGGCCGAGGGGCUGGCCCUGGUGGUGCUCUGCAGCUGUCGACCAGCCACCCGCAGGCUUGCCGUCAAUGUGCUGAGGGAAGUGCGGGCGCUGGCCGCUGCACUAGGUAUCACCAGGGGGGAGGAGGAGCUUGCUAUUGAUGUCAUGGACCGCCUGAGUGCCUCUGUACUGGAAAGCUUCAUACACCUGACAGGGGCUGACCAGACCAACCUGCUAUACUGCCCGAGCAGCAUUGACCUGCAGACGCUGGCCGAGUGGAGCUCUUCGCCCAUCAGCCACCAGUUUGACGUGGUCAGCCCCUCACACAUCUGGGUGUUUGCUCACGUGACACAGGGCCAGGACCCCUGGGUCAUCAGCCUGUCCAGCUACCUGCGCCAAGAACACCUUCCCAGACGCUGCCCCACUGCGCUCAGCUAUGCCUGGAUGUUUGCGUACACGCGCCUGCAGCUGCUCUCACCGCAGGUGGACAUCAACAGCCCAAUCAAUGCCAAGAAGGUGAACAGCGUGAGCAGUGGCGACUCGUACGUGGGGCUCUGGAGGAACUACCUGAUUCUGUGCUGCAGCACAGCCACACCGUCCCCCAGCUCGUCCUCAUCGUCCACCUCCGGCUCAGUGCGCUGCUCCCCGCCCGAGACGCUGGCGUCCACACCGGACAGCGGCUACAGCUAUGACUCCAAGAUCGUUGGCAAUCCAUCCGCUGCCUCACUCUUCAAGCAUGUUGUGCCCAUGAUGCGCUCGGAGAGCAUGGAGAUCACAGAGUCUCUGGUCCUGGGGCUUGGCAGGACCAGCCCCCUGGCCUUCAGAGAUCUCAUAGAAGAACUAAACCCAAUCAUCAAAGAGGCACUGGAACGCAGACCAGAAAACAUGAAGCGGCGCCGACGCCGGGACAUCCUCCGAGUCCAGUUGGUGCGCAUAUUUGAGCUGCUGGCUGACGGCGGGGUCAUCAGUCAGACGGCCAGCGGGGGCCUCGACGGAGAGAUGCAUUCACUAAACUCCACGCUGCUCGAGUACGUGGACCUAACGCGGCAGCUGCUGGAGGCCGAGAACGACAAGGACUCCGACAUGCUGAAGGACAUCCGCUGCCACUUCAGUGCCCUCGUGGCCAACAUCAUCCAGAAUGUUCCAGUGCAUCAGCGCAGGUCCAUCUUCCCCCAGCAGAGUCUGAGGCACAGCCUCUUCAUGCUCUUCAGCCACUGGGCAGGUCCCUUCAGCAUCAUGUUCACACCACUGGACCGCUACAGUGACCGAAACAUGCAGAUCAACCGCCACCAGUACUGCGCUCUCAAGGCCAUGUCAGCGGUGUUAUGCUGCGGCCCAGUGGCCGACAAUGUGGGGCUCUCUUCUGAUGGCUACCUGUACAAGUGGCUGGAUAACAUCCUAGACUCCCAGGAUCGCAAGGUGCACCAGCUGGGCUGUGAGGCUGUCAUGCUGCUGCUGGAGCUUAACCCUGACCAGAGCAACCUGCUGUACUGGGCUGUGGACCGCUGCUAUACGGGCUCGCGCAGAGUCGCCGCUGGCUGCUUCAGAGCCAUAGCCAACGUCUUCCACAACAGGGAUUACCAGUCUGAUACUGUGGUGCUGCUCAAUCUCAUCCUGUUCAAGGCGGCCGACUCGUCCAGGGACAUCUACCAGGUGGCCAUGCAGCUGCUGCAGAUCCUGGAGCCCAAGCUGUUCCGUUACGCCCACAAGCUGGAGAUUCAGCGCUCGGACGGCAUCCUGAGCCCGCCAUCACCACUGCCGCACCUCUACUCUGUCUCCUACUACCAGCUUUCUGAGGAGCUGGCCCGCACAUACCCAGAACUCACGCUGCCCCUUUUUUCAGAGGUUAGUCAGCGCAUCCAGACUGCGCACCCCGGCGGGCGUCAGGUGAUGCUACACUACCUGCUGCCAUGGAUGAACAACAUUGAGCUGGUGGACUUCAAACCGUCAGCGCGGCGCCAGGGAGAGGCACCCAUGGAGGAGGAAGAAGAGGAGGAGCUGCGGGACAGGGAGAUGAUGAUGGUCAAUAGCCGACGCUGGCUCAGGGGGGAGGGCUGGGGCUCGCCCCACGCCACCACCAUGGUGCUCAACAAUCUCAUGUUUAUGACAGCCAAGUACGGGGACGAGUUUGCCUGGUCAGAGAUCGAGAACGUGUGGACUACCCUGGCAGACAGCUGGCCCAAGAACCUCAAAAUCAUCCUGCACUUCCUCAUCAGCAUGUCAGGAGUGAACAGCGAGCCAAGUCUGCUCCCCUAUGUCAAGAAGGUGGUCGUGUACCUUGGCCGGGACAAAACUAUGCAACUGCUGGAGGAGCUGGUGUGUGAGCUAGAGCUCACUGACCCUGUGUCCUCUGCGGUCACACACAUGGACAACCCGCCCUACUACCGCAUCACCUCCAGCUAUAAGAUCCCUUCAGUGACCUCAGGAACUACUUCCAGCAGCAACACCAUGGUUGCAGCACCAGAUGGACACCAUGACAGCAAGAUGAAGGACAGCAACAUAGAGGAGAGCUACACACACCUGGACAUCUACAGUGGCCUCAACAGCAACUUGAACCGGCAGCAUCACCGUCUGGAGUCACGCUACAGCAGCAGCUCAGGGGGCUCUUAUGAGGAAGAGAAGAACGACUCCAUGCCGGUGUAUGCUAACUGGCGGCUGAAGGUGAUGGAGCACAAUCAGCCGGAGCCUCUCCCCUUCCCGCCAACGGGAGGCUGCUGGUCACCGCUGGUGGACUACCUGCCCGAGACAAGCAACCCCGGAGUCCCCUUGCACCGAUGCAACAUUGCUGUCAUCCUGCUGACUGACCUCAUAGUGGACCAUGGAGUGAAGGUGGAGUGGAGCGCCUACCUGCACCUGCUGCUUCAUGCCAUCUUCAUAGGGUUUGACCACCAGCACCCAGAGGUGUACGAGCACUGCAAGCGGCUGCUCCUCCACCUGCUCGUCGUCCAGGGCGCCAGCAGUAACGUGCAGUCGCUGGCCUCCGUGCUACUGCGCAACCGCGACUUCAACGAGCCCAGGGUACUGACAGUGAAGCCGGCGGCUCAGGACUACAGCCUGGCCUGUGCGUAUGACUUUAUGCCAGACUACCAGCCAUCGCCCAUGACCGACUCGGGUCUCAGCUCGAGCUCCACGUCAUCCAGCGUGAGCCUAGGCACAGGUGUGAGCUCAGCCCUGCCCCACCUGACCCCAGCUCUGCUCAACGAGGUGGAGCUCUCUACCGAGCAGGACGACAAGGUCAAGUCACUCAUCGAGUUUAUCACAUCCAGGAAGCGGGGCCCUCUCUGGAAUCACGAGGACGUGUCGCCCAAAAACCCAAGCAUCAAGAGUGCAGAUCAUCUCACAGUGUUUCUCAGAUAUGUGGUCACUGUGUUCAAGCAGUUCCACUCAGGUUUCCAGCUGGAGCAGCUUCUGAGUGAGGCUGCCCUGCAGACAGCCCUGUCCUGCUCCUCGCGUCACUACGCUGGGCGCUCCUUCCAAAUCUUUCGAGCGCUGAAGCAGCCUCUCACGGCUUCCACGCUGUCGGACGUCCUGUCUCGCCUCGUGGAGACGGUGGGCGACCCCGGGGAGGAAGCUCAGGGAUUUGUCAUCGAGCUGCUGUUGACCCUGGAGGCCAGCAUUGACAUCCUGGCUGACACCAUGAAGAGCUACGACUUCCUGUCCGUGCUCUCACAGUCCUCCUACUCACCGGACACAUUCCUGGGGAAGUUUGCAGCCAACAGGAAGAGCACGGGUCAGCUGAACCUGGGUGGGGGUGGCAACGGGGGUGGUGGAGGUGGCAGUGGCGGACUGCUCCAUAGCCACUACAACCACACACGCAGCAAUUCGUUGCGCGCCAGCCUCCUGGGCAACCGCAAGGGCGACCGCCGCCGCAGCAACACGCUGGACAUUCCGGAUGGCCGUGGUGGCAACCACGGCAGCCUGGCCCGCACGCGCAGUCUGUCCUCGCUGCGGGAGGGCGGGGCUUCAGGGGAGCCGCCGCCUCCUCCAGACCCCUGCAACCUUAUGGCCACCAUCUUCUGGAUCGCGACGUCGCUGCUUGAGUCUGACUAUGAGUUUGAGUACCUGCUGGCGCUGCGGCUGCUCAACAAACUGCUGGGGCAGCUGCCGCUGGAGAGGGCCGAGAGCCGCGAGCGCAUCGAGAGGGUGCAGGCCAAGCUCAAGUGGCAUAGCUUUCCCGGCCUCCAGCAGCUCUUCCUCAAGGGUUUCACUUCAGCCUCCACCCAGGAGCUCACCGUCCACCUGCUCAGCAAGCUCAUCCCCGUGUCCCGGCAUGCACUUGUCGACCCCACUCAGAUGGCGGGUUUCCCGCUCAACAUCCUGUGCCUCCUGCCACACCUCAUCCAGCACUUUGACAGCCCCACAGCCUUCUGCAGGGAGACGGCGGACCGCAUCGCUCGCGUUUGCUCCGAGGAGGGCGCUGCCUCCCUUGCCAACCUGGCCCACAUGAUGAGCCUUUACAGCACCCACAGCUACUCGCGGGACUGUGCCAACUGGACCAAUGUGGUGUGUCGCUACCUGCACGACUCCUUCUCCCAGAUCACCUUGAACCUGGUCACUUACUUGGCUGAGCUGCUGGAGAAGGGUCUCGCCAGCAUGCAGCAGUCCUUACUGCAGGUCAUCUACAGCCUGCUGAGCCACAUCGACCUCUCAGCUGCGCCGGUCAAGUCCUUCAACCUGGACAUCAUGAAGAUCAUUGGGAAGUACGUGCAGAGCCCCUACUGGAAGGAGGCACAGAACAUCCUGAAACUGGUGGUAUCACGCUCCGCCAGCCUCGUUGUGCCGGACGAGCUACACCGCUCCUACAGCUCUGAGUCAUCAGGUUCGCCUGAGAUCGCCUUCACGCGCAUCUUCAACAGCUCCUCCAAGGAGCUCCCUGGCAAGACACUUGACUUCCACUUCGACAUCUCCGAGACACCGAUAAUUGGGCACAAGUACGGCGAGCAGCGCAGCGCGGCAGGGCGCAACGGCAAGCCUCAGGUCAUCGCCGUGACACGGAGCACCUCAUCCACGUCGUCAGGCUCCAACUCCAACGGCCUCGUUCCUGUGAGCUGGAAGAGGCCUCAGCUAUCUCAGAGGAGGACCAGAGAGAAGCUCAUGAACGUGCUCUCUUUGUGUGGCCCUGAGUCUGGCCUUCCCAAGAACCCCUCGGUGGUGUUCUCCUCCAAUGAGGACCUGGACUCGGGUGACCAGCAGACCAGCCUUAUCCCCACUGUGGAGGAGGCCACCCAUGAGGAGGAGGCUGUUGCUGAGGACACCAGCAGCGAGCAACAGUUUGGUGUCUUCAAGGACUUUGACUUCCUGGAUGUGGAGCUGGAGGAUGCAGAGGGGGAGAGCAUGGACAAUUUCAACUGGGGAGUGCGCCGGCGCUCGCUCGACAGCAUGGACAAGGGCGACACGCCGUCGCUGCAGGAGUGCCAGUUCGCGGGCAGCACACCGAGCCUGAACCUCACGAACCAGGAGGACACGGACGAGUCAUCCGAGGAGGAGCUGAACAGCGACUCUGCGACGGAUGAUGCCACCUCCAACCACGUGGACUCGCUGCAGCAGUCUCAGGAGUCCUCUAGCAGUGCCGUGACGGAGGAGGCCACGGCCGUGCUGCGCCCCGACAGCCCUGCCCUAGAGCCCGCCCACUCAGACAGCGCAAGCAGCCAGCCCCCUGAGGAUGCGAGCGGGACGGCGGCCGACGAGCUGAGCAGCAGUCUGAGCGAGGACACUGGCUUUUGCAGUGCGCCCCCCCUGCCCCCUGACCUUCCAGACUCCCAGGACCCCCAAGACGAGCUUGACUCCGCACCCCCGCCCCCACCACCUGCCCAAGACAGCCCCCCUGGCUCCAUCUGCGAGGAGGACGUGACUCUUGCCUUGAAGGAGCUCGACGAGAGGUGCGAGGAAGAGGAGGCCGACUUCUCAGGACUGUCCAGUCAGGACGAAGGCGAUGCUGACAGCUUCCCAGAGAUCCAGGCAUCCCCUCCCCCUUCCCCCUUCCUGUCAGCCAUCCUAGCAGCCUUUCAGCCAGUCACCUACGAUGAUGAGGAAGAUGCCUGGCGUUGCCACGUCAACCAGAUGCUGUCAGACACGGAUGGUUCCUGUGCCGUCCACACGUUCCACGUGUUCUCCCAGCUUUUCCAGAGCAUCCGGAACAAGUUUGGCUCCAUCACUAAGGCGUCUGUCAGCUUCCUGGGCCCAGAGCUCCAGCGGGUCGGCAACAAGUUCCGCAGUUCUCUGGACGUGAUGAUGAGCUGCACCAAGUGUCCGACAGUCUUCCUGGAUGCAGAGACGCUGCUGUCAUGUGGCUUACUGGAGACGUUGAAGUUCAGUGUGCUGGAGCUACAGGAGCAUCUGGACACCUACAGUGCAAAGAAAGAGGCGGCUGAACAGUGGCUGGAGAACUGUAAGAAAACAUUUGGGGAGAAGGACAGCGACCGGCAGCCCACCGCCCAGCAAAUGGAACUGCUGGCAGAGCUGGAGCUGUGCCGCCGCCUCUACAAGCUGCACUUCCAGCUUCUACUGCUCUUCCAGGCCUACUGCAAGCUCGUCACGCGAGUGGACACCAUCAAGCGGGAGCCUGAGGUCACCAACAUGUCGGAGGAGCUGACUGUGCUGGAGAGCUGUCUGAAGGAGGCAGAGUCUCUGGCAGAGGGACAGGCGGAGGUGGCCGUGCCUGAAGCAGCUCAAGCAGAUGCUGAGAGCGCCAUACAAUCGCUCAUCGAGUCCCUCAGGAGUCACAGUUUUGACUCCGCCCUCGCACAGGUCAAGGCCUUCAGGUCUCUGUGGCCCGACGACAUCUUUGGCCACAACGCGGAUGACGCCGUCCAGACGCUUCUGCACAUCUACUUUCGGCACCAGAGCCUGGGCCAGACAGGCUGCGUGGCCGUGGUGGGUCCCGGCCGAGACCUGUCGCAGGCCAGCGGCACGCUCAUGGAGCUCAACCUGCAGAUGCGCGAGUCCCUGCGUCUGGCCCAAGGGCCGCCGAGCAGCGUCGGCUUCUGAAGAGCGCGCCUGUGUGCGCGACGCUUUUUUCGCCAGAAGCCAGCUGCGCGGCUGCAAUAACGGCAGGACGCUAUGGGACGAAGCCCUGGCUGACGACUCCUUGGAUCUCCUGCAUCGGACAGACACAUGGCAUGCUUGAAAGAGAAAGCACUGCGAGAAUAUUUUUUUGACAAAUUUUAUUUUUUAAUCAAGCUAAUCCUUCUAAGUUGUAAAUGUUUCCUGGAUGCCUCCCAGUGGCUCUUAAGAGGUCAAACCUCCCCUGGGGGGUGGGUGGGGUGGCUUCCCUGCUCAGUUUGUCUGACUGUAGGUAACCAAAACAGUAGCUGCCUUUAGAAGUGUGUGUACGUGUGCGUGCAGAUAUGCAGACACACAGGUGCAUGUAUGUUCAGAGCGGCUACUUUUGUCAUUAAAAGCAUCUAACUUAUUUUACUCUGUAUAUAUUUUAGAAAUGUAUAGUGUAAAACGCAGUAUUUUUCUUGUAUAUUUGUGCGAUGCACUGUUCAUGCGCAAUAGGUGUAUAAAACGAAUGCUCAAAGAGAAAAGUGGUGGAAAAGUCACU